GAUACGCUGUGAGAUACUCCGUCAUUUCGGCUGACAAUAAUAUCAUACAUGACGACAUGAAAGAGACAACAUCGUAUGAAAAUUACACAGUCACAGUAGAAGAAAAUGUUUCCUCGAAAAACAUUAGUAUUUGCAUCGCACCAGCUUUCAACUCUACUUCCAGAAAUGAAAGCUGUCUGGAAUUGUUAUUCAAUCCCGAGGAAAAAUGUUUUGGACGAAUGCCAUUUCUCGCAGUACAGUCGUUGAUAAUAAAUUCUCUUGACUGUCACGGAAUAACAUUGAACUGGAAAACACAGCCGGUGCCCCUCUGCAAGGUGACGCGAUACCUCCUAUCCUAUUCCUCCACUCCCUUGGCACAAAGUGGACACUCACCACUGGAAGAUGUGCAGCAAAACAUCACAAUUAACCCAUCCAGUCAUAGCUACACCAUUAGUGACCCCCACAGCCUCAGCGUUUACAAUGUUUGUGUUGUGGCCGAAUAUACUUCAGGGUUCAGUACCUCGACUUGUAUCCAAAAUACCACGGGUGAUUUAGCAGGAUUUAUUGCUUCGCAUGAACUAGAGACGAUAUCAGCAGGCCAAAACUCCCUCACAAUCAGCUGGACUCCUCCUGAGUGUCCGGAUCGUGUAACACGCUACGGUAUCAAUGCUACGCUGCGUAAUGCCACACAAAACGCCAGCAUCCUCGCCUUCAUGAAUUCUUCUGACUGUUCUGACCCGCAGUCGGGAGUAUCACAGGUUGCUGGUCGGAACACCAGCAGCCGAUGCGUCUUCACCAUACACAACCUUCAACCCGGUCAAGACUAUCGCGUCGUGGUUACUGCUUACACGAAUGAUACGAAAAUUGGGACGGACAUAUCUGGUAUUUUCUACACAUUCGAAUCAAGAGAGACGGAGGUUACUACGAGAAAUCUCGUCAAUGAUAAAACCAUACUACUGAUAGUAUCAGUGGGCUCUUGCAUUGGUGGGCUAUCCAUAAUCGCUUUGUGCAUCUUUUAUUGUCGUAAAAAAAGCCGCGUACAAACCUUGGACAGUGAAGAAGAAGGAAGAAGCAUUGCCCCAAAUGUCACAAGCACCCGCCGCCAAAUGUACUGUAAAGAGCUAAUGGAGAAAAUGGACGAACGCAGACUUGAGAAUAUACUCGAACGGGAAACUUUAUUCGAAGAAUUCGCAUUGCUUGAUGAAAAGAGUCCUAAGAAAUCAACUGCAAAUGCACUGAAAGAAGAAAAUGCUUCUUACAACCGCUCUGGAGUCCCAUUACCAUUUGACAGCAGCAGGGUAGUUCUACAAAGACAAACUUCAAAUUUGAGAUCAGACUACAUCAACGCCAGCUACGUGACCAGCACCAAAGGUCCCAACCUGACGUUUAUCGCUGCCCAGAGCCCCAUGGAUGAAACAGUUCUGAGUUUCUGGCAAAUGAUCUGGCAGCAGCGAGCUAAGAUUGUCGUCAUGAUAGCGAGCUGGGAGGAACAGAACGAGAUCGUAAGCGCUUUGUACCUACCAACUUGUGAGGACCCGACGCUGGAAUGCGGUCCAUUCACCAUAGAGUUGACGGAAGAAGUCAACAUCGACGACGUUUGGUAUGAGCGAACGCUGGCUGUGUCCGACGGGAUCUUUUCGCUCCAACUACUGCAUUACCAGUUUGUGGCUUGGCCGUCACAAGGUUCGAAGUUGCCUGACGCCGAGGUCUUCUGUCAGUUCCAGCACACCGUCAGGUUCAACACUAACGAAAAUGAAAGCACUGUCGUGGUGCAUUGCAAUAACGGAUCGGGAAGAACAGGGACGUUCCUGGCGCUCUGGAACGUGUUGCUGGCUGCUGAGACAAGGGAAGGACACCUGAGCGUGACAGACGUGGUGCGCGACAUGAGGGAGUGUCGCAGCAACCUCGUCGAGAACAAGAAACAAUUCGUGUUCCUGCUCAACUGUUGCACCAGACGCCUGACAAGUCCAACUUUGGUCGCCAACGAUGACCCCGGUUCUGAACUAUCAUCUUUGGAUUCAGAACUCAUCCAACUUGCCAGGAUUGAACCUGAUGGGAACUCGAGGCCUAACUCCUCAUUGUCUGGUCAAAUUAUACGCUCCUGAUUCUUCAAUAAUUACUUGGAUUAUUUAUCGUCGCACCCAUUCGAGAUAGGACGACAUUCACGUUGAACUCAUUCAUCUUUAAUAAUUAAAUGAUGAAAAAUCUUUUAGCGCAGAAUUCAAACAGCGGGACCCAAUAAUAAUCGCAGAGAUACUUUUUUAUUUGGUUUCGAAUGCAGAAACUAUGACCAUGAUAACUAUGCAAUUAAAAAAUGUCCAAUCUAGCACUUAGUUCAAUAGCAAAUUCAUAAUUUUUUCAAGGGACGAAGAUACUCAACAAUUUAUUUGCUGUAAACAUAUCGUAGAACAAUAUCUACUAAGCUCGGAACAACGACAUCUUCUCAUGCAAAAGCAAUGAUAAUAAUUUAACAUGAUUUGUACAUGUAACAUGCGUUGAUAAUAUACCAAAGAAGUAUAUAGUUAAUGAUGAAACAAAAAAUAUCUAUUAACUCCCUU